GGCCGACGGGCGCCGGGGCGGGGGUUUAAAGGCACGGCGGCGGCGGCACGGCAGGUGACAGCAAGGUGCAAAACCCUCAAGCAGAGCUGGGAUGUGCUCUGUGCACCUCAAGAUGGGAAUCCCUGCUUAGAGGGUGGUUCUUACAGCUGCUACUGCACCCUGCGAGCUUUUUCAGCUAUUGCCACGUACCCCUACAACGCUGAAGCUUCUGAAGGCUCUAGGAUGCUGGGGCCAGCCAGACUAGGCCUGCCCACCUGAUCCUUGGCAUUCGCUUCCGCCAGCCCAUCAUGUUGUGCUCCUGGCGUGUCAAGCUGAAGCUGCUGCUCGCUACCGUCACCCUUGCCGUCCUCCUCUCCUGGCUCUACCUCUUCAUGGGCAGCCUUGAAUACGGCCGCUUUCUCCUGCUGCCACCGUGCCUGGGCGAGCAGCCGAGUCGGGAUGUGGAGCGGGAGGCCCUGGCCUCGCAGGUGCGCCGGGUGGAGGAGGAAAACCAGCAGCUCCGCAUGCAGCUUGGCCAGGUGCAGGUGGAGGGCAGCGAUGGCAUCCCGCAGUGGGGGGCCUCUGCCGAGGAUGGGCCCCCCCUUCGAGGUGAGAGGAACAACCGCACGGCCUGCCCCAAGCAGCGGAUGGUGCAUAAGUGUGAGCUCCUGCACGUUGCAAUUGUGUGUGCUGGACACAAUGCCAGCCGGGAUGUGGUCACCCUGGUGAAAUCCAUCCUCUUCCACAGGAAAAACCCCCUCCACUUUCACUUCAUCACGGAUUCGGUGGCCCACCAGAUCCUCCAGACGCUCUUCCAGUCCUGGAUGGUGCCUUCCAUCCACGUCAGUUUCUACAACGCCGAUGAUUUGAAGCCAGAGGUGUCGUGGAUUCCCAACAAGCACUACUCUGGCAUCUACGGGCUGAUGAAGCUGACGCUCACCAAGGCACUGCCCUCCAACCUCUCCAAGGUCAUCGUCUUGGAUACUGACAUCACCUUCGCCACUGACAUUGCUGAGCUCUGGGCUGUCUUCGGGAAGUUCUCUGAAAAGCAGGUGAUUGGGCUGGUGGAGAACCAAAGUGACUGGUAUUUGGGCAACCUCUGGAAGAACCACAAACCAUGGCCAGCACUGGGACGUGGCUUCAACACAGGGGUGAUCCUGCUCUUGCUGGACCGUCUGCGUCGCCUGGGCUGGGAGCAGAUGUGGCGGCUGACGGCAGAGCGGGAGCUCAUGAGCAUGCUUUCCACCUCGCUGGCCGAUCAGGACAUCUUUAAUGCAGUGAUCAAGCAGAACCCAGCCCUGGUGUAUCGGCUCCCGUGCUUCUGGAAUGUGCAGCUCUCCGAUCAUACCCGCUCAGAGCUGUGCUACACCGAGGUCUCAGAUCUCAAGGUAAUCCACUGGAACUCGCCCAAGAAGCUGCGGGUGAAGAACAAGCAUGUGGAGUUCUUCCGCAACCUCUACCUGACCUUCCUGGAGUACGAUGGGAACCUGCUGCGCAGGGAGCUCUUUGGCUGCGCCAGUCUCCCCAGCCCGCCCAGCGACCAGCUGCAGCAGGCACUCGAGGAGCUGGAUGAGGAUGAUCCCUGCUAUGAUUUCCGCCGGCAGCACCUCACGCAGCACCGUGUCCACCUGUUCUUCCUGCAGUACGAGUUCCUGGCCCUUCCCAACCCCACCGAUGUCACCCUCGUGGCCCAGCUCUCCAUGGACAGGCUACAGAUGUUGGAGGCCAUCUGCAAACACUGGGCCGGCCCCAUCAGCCUGGCGCUGUACAUGUCAGACGCGGAGGCCCAGCAGUUCCUGCGCUACGCCCAGGCCUCGGAGGUGCUGAGUGCCCGCCGCAAUGUCGCCUACCACAUCGUCUACAAGGAGGGGCAGUUUUACCCUAUCAACCUCCUGCGCAACGUGGCCUUGGCCAACACACAGACGCCGUAUGUCUUUCUGACUGACAUUGACUUCCUGCCGAUGUAUGGCCUCUACGAUUACCUCAGGAACUCCAUCCAGCAGCUGGAGUUGCCUCACAGGAAGGCAGCUCUUAUUGUGCCGGCAUUUGAGACCCUGCACUACCGCCUGACCUUCCCCAAAUCCAAAGCAGAACUGCUCUCCAUGCUGGACAUGGGCUCCCUCUACACCUUCAGGUACCACGUGUGGCCAAAAGGCCAUGCCCCAACUGACUAUGCCAAGUGGCGAACAGCCACCGUACCGUACCGUGUGGCCUGGCAACCAGACUUUGAGCCUUACGUUGUAGUGAGGCGAGACUGCCCGAAGUACGAUCAGCGGUUCGUGGGCUUCGGCUGGAACAAGGUGUCCCACAUCAUGGAGCUGGAUGCGCAGGAGUACGAGCUGCUGGUACUGCCCAAUGCCUUCAUGAUCCACAUGCCCCACGCUCCCAGCUUCGACAUCUCCAAGUUUCGCCUGAAUGCUGGGUACCGGGGCUGCCUACAAACGCUGCGGGAGGAAUUCCACCAGGACCUGUCGCGGAGAUACGGGGCUGCUGCACUCAAAUACCUCACUGCCGAGAGGAACCUAUGACACCUGGGGACAGUGGGUGCAGGGUGCUGGUAGCAGGCGGAGAAGGGAGGGUGCAGGGCCUCCUGCCCCAGCUUGCCUCGUAGCCUUGCCCAAGGGAUCUGAUUUGCAAUGGGAUGUCUGUAGAUAAGAGGGAGGAUGCCAGCUGUGAGAUCAGGCAGCGCCUGUGGGUUGAGUUGCUGCAGUGUGGCCCAGGAUUUGUUCAGAUCAUUCCUGUGUUAACAGGGGAGUUUCCACUGUGCCGGGGGACUGGUCUUCCCAUCCCUAGUUCUAGCAGGUAUCAAUUCACAGCUUUUGUUAGCUCACCUCAGCCCGGGGCCGGGCCUCGAGAGGCCCUGGAGCUGCACUUUUCCUCGCUCUGCUCCUCUCUGCAGUCCCAGUUUGCAAUCCUCUGCACAUCCCUGGAGCCUUGGCGAGUGGGAGAUGGCUAUGGGGACCAUCCUCUUGCAUCAUUUGUGGAGCAAGGCCUCAGAAGAGGCGUCCUGAUGAUCUAGGAGCUGAGGCCAGAGAUCACUAGGAGCUGCGGAGUCCCUGGACCAAGGCUGGCUCCUCAUCCCCGUGGAUGCAGAGUCUCUCCUGGGAUGACCCAGCUAUAAGUGAAAGCAGUCUGGUGCUUGGUACAAUCCUUCUGCCAUUGUGGUGGAUGGCAUAGCUUCACAGGGGGUCUGUGCUCCUGUGAAAGAAUUCAUGGCAGGGACCCCCAGUGCCUCCCCGACUCCUGGCAGUGCCAGGGCUGCCACCAACAAUCAGGGAUGGGACUGACCCCAGGGAGGCCAUAGCUGAGCACUGUGGUCUGUGCAGUGGGAGCAGCGUGGCUGGCUCUGCUCUGCAGCUGUCACACACUGGAGCACAGAGGAUGUGUUGCUUUCCUCAUGCUAUUUAAAUUAUUUAUACUUUUCUCAUAAAAAUUCAGUGGUUAGGGUGUCAUGGGUUUUUUGUUUUGUUUUUGUUUUGUUUUGUUUUGUUUUUUAAGCCUUUCUUGCACCUGGAUGAUUUUGCUGCUGGCACUGGAGCAGCUCCAGGCCCGGAGCUGCUGCAACCUAUGCUGUUCUCUUAGCAUUAUUCUGGUCUGCAAGAGCUAGAGCUGUGCAGGUGUGAAGAUUUCCGUCCGUGGUAGGAAUGGCCAGGAGGAGCCAUCCAAAUUGCAUUGUCUGGGAAGGGCACAAGCGCCUCUUGCUUAUUCUCUCUUUUUAAUUUAACUUUUAAAUUAAAGCUUUUUUAUUCUUUUUCA